GUCAAAAGCCGCAUCUCUCUCUUUCUCUCUCACAUCUCUCUCUCUCUCUCUCACACACACAUAGGUCUCUCUCUCUCACACAGCGUCUCCCUCCCACACACGGUAGCAGGCGCACAAACGCUCACGCGGAGUGAAUGCUAUUUAUUGUAAGCAGGGGAAGGAGGGUGGGGGAAACUUCCAAGGUUUCCACCCAGGACCUACUGUUUCUUCAAUUUUCAAAUUGCCUGAAUUUCUUUUCAAAUUUCUGUUUUCAUUGACUUGCGCAUCGAGAAGACGUGAAGAUUGAGGAGAAAAGCCAGAUUCCUCGGUAGAAAUUUGGGUGAAAAAAAAAAAAAAGAAAAAGUAGAGAAUUGAUCUUUAUCUGUUGAUCACUUCCAUCGAUGGGAGAAGCUCCUGCUUUUGUUGUAGAUGAGCUGAAGGGAAAUUUUACGGAUUUAACUGAGUCUAAGGGAUUCGAAAUUACUGUCAAGAUCGGCGGCAAUAAACUAUAUGUGAUUGGUGCAUCUGAUAACAAGUCCAAUUCCACAAUUGAAGUGCAAAUUUAUGACGAAUCUUCAAGCACAUGGAUCAACCCCGUUGUGUUGGGGACAAAGCCGAAACUCUCCGAGAGCCACUCAGCCAUUGCUUUAGAUGAUGGUCGGAUUUUGGUUAUUAAGGGGAACACGACUUCUAAUGAUAGCUUUUGGUUCCUAGAGGUGAAUACUGAGUUUGUAACCGAGCAUGAAAAAAGACUCGGGACGGAGGUAGUUGCAUGGAGCAGGGGAAUGACAGGUGAACCUGAAAAACCCAUAGUUAUCAGCGGUCCAUCUGGAGUUGGUAAAGGCACCCUCAUAUCGAAACUGAUGGAAGAAUUUCCAUCGACAUUUGGGUUUUCUGUGAGCCACACUACCCGUGCUCCACGAAACAACGAACAAAACGGCGUCCACUAUCAUUUUACCGAGCGUAGCAUCAUGGAGAAGGACAUUCAGGAUGGAAAGUUCCUCGAGUUUGCCUCUGUUCAUGGAAACCUUUAUGGGACAAGUAUAGAAGCUGUUGAAGUGGUUGCCGACAAAGGAAAGAGAUGCAUCCUUGACAUUGAUGUUCAAGGGGCAAGAUCUGUAAGGGCGAGUUCUCUCGAAGCCAUUUUUAUCUUUAUAUGUCCUCCCUCAUUUGAGGAGCUUGAGAAACGCCUUCGUGCAAGGGGAACUGAGACAGAAGAACAGAUUCAAAAACGUCUUCGAAAUGCCAAAUCUGAACUUGAACAGGGAAAAUCGCCCGGUCUCUUCGAUCACAUUUUGGUCAACGCUAACCUCGAGGAGUGCUACGAGAAACUUAAGGAACUUUUGGGCCUUACCGACAGUGUCAAGAAUAUUGGAGAAUCUGAAUCAGGUCGUGAGCUGAUUCACGUGCCUCGUGAGCACAUGAUCACAAAGAUCGAUCAGAGGAUCCUCGUAAACAGUGGUGCUGCAGACCAAGAGAAACCACCCACAAACAUGUUCGUGCUCGAUUUAAGUUCGAUAAAAGGAGGGGCUCCGGGUCGAACAAGAGGUCUGCAUGUUUAUGCUGCAGGAACAACUUGCUCAAAUGGUUCAAUGCAGAAAAAGAGCUAACACACACUCUCUCUCUAUAUAUCUCACUUUCUACUAACAAUUGCAUCUUCUACAGCUACUAAAGAUGUUGUCACAACAAUGAGAGGAAAAUUGCAAUUUCCGAAGCUUGAUUAAUAAUAGCAAUGGCGACUACUACAGCAACAAGCUUGACAGUGAGAUCUCCAAUAUAGAAUAUAUGAGCAUCUCAGGCAUGAAUAAAGUGACAUUUGAUCAUUGAAAAAAUUGGAAAACACAUAAAAGAUUGCGAAUGGCUUACCUUACCAAUGUGAUGGAUGAAUGAGGGUCGGCAGUUAGAGCUAGUACCAUAGGAAAUGAGAUUUGAGCUAUCUCAUGCCCUAAUUUGUCUUCCUCAAUAAUUCCCCUGUAAUAAAAAUUUACAUGUGAAUUAAUAUAUAUACACAUGGAAACAUGAAGUAGAAGAAGAAGAAUAAACAAGUUGUUUCUUUCUAAUA